AUGGACAAGAUGGAGGAGAUGAAGGAGAUGGACGAGAUGGACAAUACAGACGCCAUCAACAUGCUGUUGGAUGAGUCCAUCCAAAUCACAGAUACCUCAAUGCUGUCAGAUUUAAUGCUCAACAAUGAGCUCACUGAGCAGUUGCUCCUCCAGCAGCUACUCUUCACGAUGUUCAGCAAUAGCAACACAACAAAUCAGUCUACAGAGGUUGUACAGAGCAGGACCGUUGACCCAUUCGGGUUUCCAAACAUUGGACAGAGCUGUUAUAUGAACUCCAGCCUGCAGAGUAUACUGGCACUGGAGGACUUUGUGAGGGACAUCAGCCGCAUGGAACAGGUUUGGAGUUCAGUCCCUCAGGGUAAUCUGAUGAGAAGUUUGAUGAAGAUCAGGGAUGUUCACACCUCUACAGACCCAAAAAUAAAAUCCAGCCUCCUGCAUUCAUUUAAGAAGACAAUUUCCAUCCAGGCUCCCGAGUUCAGAGACAAUCAGCAAAAAGACGCUCAUGAAUUCUUGACCGCAGUCUUUAGCCAGAUGAGGAGUCUGGGCCCUCUGCUGAAGGAGACAGCAGCACUAAAGGGCAUAAGUUACACCUGUCCUGUGGAAGACCACCUGGUAUUCAGUAUGGAUAGCACAAGGACAUGCAAGAGGUAA